GGUUCCCUGAACAAGCCCGAUAGCUCUGGCUACUACUUUCAGUUUCGUGCAGAAGAGAAGUCGGCAGGCUGCGGGGCCUGCACCACUGAAAAAACUCCUCAACUCAGCUCCGGACACAGGACAGCACAGACACCCAUGAGACCCAUUUCAUGGGACCCUGGAAUAUCCACCAUGAACUAAGAAGCCCAGCAGCUCCUCAUGGAUCCCGACAGCCUCCAUCUGGGCAGUGAGAAUCUGCGUGGCUGGCUUGUGAGGCUGCUCAGCACAAACCAGGAAUGGCUGAGAGCCAAGGUGAAGUUCUUCCUCCCUGACGUGGACCUGGCCUCCAGCAGUGAGGCGCUGGACCCUGAGCAGAGGGUUAUCCUGCAGCUGGGGGAGCUGUACACCCAAGGGAUGGCCACCUGGCAGUCGUUCAUCCACUGCAUGUGCAUGGAGCUGGAGGUGCCUCUGGAUCUGGAGGUGCCACUGCUGAGCACCUGGGGCCAGGAUGAUGAAUUGCCCAGGCUGCUGGAAACUGGAGAGAAGAACCAACCUGGAUCUCAGCUCCACCAUGGCCUCAAGCGUCCCUAUCAGAGCUGUGAAUCCUCGCCCCACUGGAAGCACAGCAGGAAACAGCGGCUAGAGUUGGCCGAGAGUUACCUGCAGCUCCUGAGGACCUCUGCCCUGAAGCACUAUGGUGAUGGACUCCCUGGGUCAGGGAAGAUCUAUGUGCCCCCAGUCCUGCAGUGGAGCCGGGCCACAGUGCCCUUACAUGCUCCAAAGGGGGCCAUUAUGGGAGACCCCAAGACAGAAGACGGCAGUGAUGUGAGCAUCCAGGACCUCUUCAACUUCAAGACCCCCAAGAGCUCUCGGGUGACAGUGCUUUUGGGAAAGGCGGGCAUGGGCAAGACCACGUUGGCCAGGCAGCUCUGCCACAAGUGGGCUGAUGGGCACCUGGACCACUUCCGGGCCCUGUUCCUUUUUGAAUUCCGCCAGCUCAAUUUGAUCCCACAUUUCCUGACGUUGCCUCAGCUCCUUUUCGAUCUGUACGUGAGACCAGAGUCAGGCCCCGAUGCUGUCUUCCACUUCCUGGAAGAGAAUGCCAGCCAAGUCCUGCUGAUAUUCGAUGGGCUGGACGAGGCCCUCCAGCCCUGUUCCAGCCAGGAGACUGUGGAGCCCAAUGGCUCUGGCCCAGCCUUCACUCUCUUCUCCAGCCUCUGCCGUGGGACCCUCCUGCCAGGCUGCUGGGUGAUGGCCACCUCUCGUCCUGGGAAGCUGCCUGCCUGCCUGCCCACAGAAGCAGCCAUGGUCCACAUGUGGGGCUUUGACCUGCUGCGGGUGAAGCAGUAUAUGAACCACUACUUUAGUGACCAGCCAUCUCAGGAGGUGGCCCUCACAGAACUGCUGGCAAAUGGACGUCUCCGGAGCAUGUGCAUGGUGCCAGCGCUGUGCCAGGUCGCCUGCCUCUGCCUGCACCAUCUACACUCCACCAGCCUCCGAGGCCAGUCUGUAGCCUUCGCGCCCACUGUGACCCAGCUGUAUGUGCAGAUGCUUCUUACCCUCAGCCCGCUUCCUGCUGUUUCUCUAGUAGGCCUUGGGAAAGUGGCCUUGAGUGGCCUGGAGACUGGGAAGGUCAUCUUCUAUGAUAGAGACAUCCCCCCACCCAUGAUGGUCUUCGGGGCUACCCACAGCCUGCUGACCUCCUUCAGCAUCCACACAAGCCCUGGGCACCAGGAAACAGGCUAUGCCUUUGCCCACCUCAGCCUGCAGGAGUUUUUUGCUGCCCUAUACCUGAUGACCAGCCCCACGGUAGACAAGGGCACACUUGCCCGCCAUGUUGUCCUCAAUUCCCGCUGGGUCCUGCGGACCAAAGUUAGACUGGGCCUUGCAGAAUACCUCUCCACCUUCUUGGCAGGUCUGGCAUCCCAUACCUGUCGUCCUUUCCUCAGCCAGGUGGCUCAGCAGGAUGAGACCUGGGUGGGCACCAGGCAGGCUGCUGUUGUACAGCUGUUGAGGAAGUUUGCCAUCCGCAAACUCACGGGACCAAAGGUGGUAGAGCUGUGUCACUGUGUGGCUGAGACUCAGGAGCCUGAGCUGGCCAGCCUCACUGCUCAGAGCCUCCCCUACCAACUGCUCUUCCACAAUUUCCCACUGACCUACACAGACCUGGCUGCCCUAGUCAGUGUUCUGGAGCACAGGGCCACCCCCAUCCACCUGGAAUUUGAGGGCUGCCCGCUGGAACCUCACUCCCCUGAGGCACUGGCAGGCUGUGGGCAAGUGGAGACACUCAGCUUUAAGAGCAGGAAGUGCAGAGACACCUUUGCAGAAGCCCUCUCUAGGAGCUUGCCGACCAUGGGGAACCUGAAGAAGCUGGGGUUAGCAGGAAGCAAGAUCACUGCUCGAGGCAUCAGCCACCUGGUGCAGGCUGUGCCCCUCUGCCCACAGCUGGAACAGAUCAGUUUGCAGGACAACCAGCUCAAGGACCAGGAGGUGCUGAGCAUUGUAGAGCUACUGCCCAGCCUGCCGCAGCUCCAGAAGCUUGACCUGAGCCACAGCAAUUUCUCCAUGUCAACCCUAUUCUGCUUGGUGAAGGUGGCAGUCACAUGCCCUACUGUCAGGACCCUGCGAGUCACGGAGACAGAUCUCGUCUUCUUUCUUUCCCGGUCUACAGAGACAGCUGCAGAUCGACAAAGAGCUCCAGACCUACCAGAAAAAGACAGCCAGUGGAAAGACUCCAAGAGAAGAAUUCUGGCACUGAGGCUCCAGAGAUGUCAGCUCAGGGUCCACCAUGUGGAGGUCCUUGUAGGCCUGCUCCAGGAAGGUCCCUGGCUGGAGGAAGUGGAUCUCUCAGGGAACCAGCUGGAAGAUGAAGGCUGUCGACUCAUGGUGGAGGCUGCAUCCCAUCUGCACAUCACUGGGAAGCUGGACCUCAGUGACAAUGAGCUUUCUGUGGACGGAGUGUCCUAUGUGCUACGAGCUGUGAGCACAUGCCGGAGCCUGGUGGGACUGCAUAUCAGCCUGCUGCAGAAGACGGUGGUCCUCACAUUUGCCCAAGAGGCAGAGGAGCAGGAGGGGACACAGGAGAGGGCUGCAUUUCUAGACAACUUCACAUUCCCAGCAGCCUUUGAGCCUCACCGAGGAAUCAGGCUGACACACUGCGGCUUCCAGGCCGAGCACCUAAAGAAGCUCUGCAAUGCCCUGGAAGGAAGCUGCCUCCUCGCCCAUCUCGGUCACCUUGACUUCUCAGGCAACGCUCUAAGGGAAGAAGGAGCCGUGCUGUUGGCCCAGCUGCUCCCAGGGCUGGGACCCCUGCAGUCCUUGAACCUCAGUGAGAACGGCGUACCCCUGGAUACUGUGUUCCAUUUGACCCAGUGCCUGUCUACUCUUCAGUGGGUUUGCCACCUAGAAGUAAGCUUUGAGAGCCAGCACAUCCUCCUGAGAGGCGACAAGAGAGGCAGGGACAAACUGGCUAGUGGACCUUUGCCAGAAUUCUCGGCAGAAGUUCAACUUUCAGGGUUCCAUAAGCACUGCAUCCCCAGGAGCUUCUGCCUCAAGAAGUGUCAGCUGGGGCCACCGAGCCUCACCCUCCUGUUCACGGCUCUGGAGGAGUGGCAAGGGCCACUGGGAGUCGAAUUGUCCUGCAAGGCCCUGAGUGACCAGAGCCUGGAGACCCUGCUGCACUGCUUGCCCCGGCUUCCUCAACUACGCCUGCUGCAGCUGAGCCAGACAGGACUGUCCCUGAAAAGCCCUUUCCUGCUGGCCAACGUCGUCAGCCAGUGCCCACGGGUUAGGAAGGUGGAUCUCAGGUCUCUGCACGAUGCCACACUGCACUUCAGGUCCAGCGAGGAGCAGGAAGGUGUGUGCUGUGGGUUCACAGGCUGCAGCCUCAGCCAGGAGCAUGUGGAGCCACUGUGCCGGGCACUGAGCAAGUGUGAUGACCUCCGCCAGCUGGACCUAACAGACAACCAGCUGGGUGAUGACGGGCUCAGGUGCCUUCUAGGCCACCUGUCACAGAUGCCCAUCUCUGAGUUGCUUGAUCUGAGUCACAACAGCAUCUCUCAGGAAGGUGUCCUGCACCUGCUGGGAACUCUGCCCUCCUGCCUGCGUGCCCAGGAGGCCUCUGUGAACCUGGGCUCCACGCAGAUCUUCUGGGUUCGCUUCUCCAAGCAGGAGGCUGAGAUGACCCUGAGGCUGAGCGAGUGCAGCUUCAGGCCAGAGCACAUUUCCAGACUGGCCAGCAGCCUCAGCCAGGCCCUCCAGCUGACAGAGCUCACGCUAACCCGGUGUUGCUUGGACCUGGAGCAGCUGACCAUCCUUCUGAGCCUGCUGAGGCGGCCAUCGGGCUUCCUUGGACUCAGGGUGGAGGAGCCAUGGGUCGGGGGAGCCGGGGUGCCUGCCCUGCUAGAAGUCUGUGCCCAGGCCUCAGGCAGUGUCACUGUCAUAAGCAUCUCUGAGACCCAGCAGCAGCUCUGUGUCCAGCUGCGAUUUCCUCGUCAGGAAGAAAACCCAGAGGCCGUGGCCCUGAGGUCGGCUCACUGUGACCUUGUGACCCACCACAGCCUUCUUGUCAGACAGCUGAUGGAGACAUGCGCCCAGCUGCAGCAGCUCAGCCUGUCCCAGGUAAACCUCUGUGAUGCCAGUGAUGCCACCUCCCUGCUGCUGCAGAGCCUCCUGCUGUCCCUCUGUGAGCUGAAGACCUUCCGGCUGACCUCCAGCUGUGUGAGCACCCAGGGCCUCACCCACCUGGCAUCUGGACUGGGCCACUGCCACCACCUGGAGGAGCUGGACUUCUCCAACAAUCAGUUUGGUGAGCAGGCUGCAGAGGUACUGAUGGGGGCCCUCAAGGGGAAGUGCAGGCUGAAGACACUCCGCCUCAGUCACCUUCCACUGGGCGGCUCCACUCCGGCCAUGCUUACUCGGGGACUAAGCCACAUGAGCCUCCUGCAGCACCUCUGCCUCAGCCAAACAGGUAAUGUUGAUAACAUUAGUUGCUGUCAACUUCCUGAGGCUCUCAGAGCUGCCACCAGCUUGGUGAAACUGGACUUGAGCCACAUCCAGAUUGGAGAUGCUGGUGCCCAGCACUUAGCUGCUAUCCUGCCGGGGCUGCCCAGGCUCAGGAAAAUAGACCUCUCAGCAAAUGGCAUCAGCCUAGCUGGGGGACUGCAGCUGGCGGAGUCUCUCACUCUUUGCGGGGACCUGGAGGAGAUUAGGCUCGGCUGCAAUGCCUUGGGGGAUCCCACAACCCUGACACUGGCUCAAGGGCUGCCCCAGCACCUAAGGGUCCUACACCUGCAGUCUAGCCGUCUGGGCCCAGAGGGGGCACUGAGCCUGGGCCGGGCCUUGGAUGGGUGCCCACAUAUGGAAGAUAUUAGCCUGGCAGAGAAUAAGCUGGCCAAUGGGGUCCCACGUUUCUGCAAGGGGCUCCCGCUGCUCAGACGGUUGGACCUGGGUUCCUGUGAAAUUGACAACCAGACUGCCAAAGAACUUGCUGCCAGCUUCAUGCUCUGCCCAGCCCUGGAGGAAAUCCUGCUGUCGUGGAAUCUCCUAGGAGACGAGGCAGCUGCAGAGCUGGCCCAGGUUCUGCCGAGGAUGGGCCGACUGAGGAGAGUGGACCUGGAGAAGAAUCGGAUCACAGCUGCUGGAGCCUGGCUCCUGGCUAAAGGGCUGGCCCAGGGGUCUGGUGUCCAUGUCAUCCGCCUCUGGAAUAACCUUGUUCCCCCUGCCAUGGCCCAGCAUCUGCAGAGCCAGGAGCCCAGGCUGGACUUCACCUUCUUUGACAACCGCACCCAGGCUACAUGAGUGAUGGCCUUCUCAAGGCUCGGAAUCCAGCCAAAUGAUGCCGACAUCACUCACCAGGAGAGAGGACUCAAGAAAAGAUGCUCAGCUGGUGCCUUGCACCUGCUUCAGAAAGGGGGAGACAUGCUCAUCCGGCUGUGGUCUUCAGGGAGGACCACUUGGGAGACUAGGAGCUUGGUAUGGCUAAAGGAGUACCCUCCAUCAUGCAUGAUGUGUGUGACCUGUGAAGAUGUGUGGCAGAGUGAGGGUGUCAUGACGUAGUACAGACAUCAAAGACCAUACGUGGCAGAGUAUGACCUCUUGACAUGUGGUAUCUCAUGGAAUUGCAGUGUAACAUGUGGUUGGUGGCAUGAGUUCUAGCACUACGGGUGGCAGGUCAUGUGAUUGUUGAUCUAUAUAUGACACAAGUGUCCAUGUCCCAUGAUACAUGGCUUGCCAGAUGACUGCAGGCAAGCCUGAGAUCUAAUUUAUUAUUUUUAAAAAAGAAAACAUGUAUUUAUAGAUUAUAUUUCCAGAGUAGCUGAUCCAGGGAAAGCUUUCUGCCCUGAACUGGGAGAAGGAGAGUGUCUAAGUACUGUCUGGCCCAUGUCUGGGGCCAUGCUGGAAAUCCAGCCACAAAGUCUCCUCCUGCCUCAAGCCUCAGUUUCCCCAUAUGUAAACUGAGUAUCUUCCCCUUAAAUACUAGCUUCCAAGGAUUUUGGGCCCAGGCUCAGGUAGAGAUGGCCUGACCUUGGGAGAGAUCAGGCCCAUUCUGUCCUAUGUACAAAACAAAUUCAGGUCCCUCAGGCAAAGGUCAUUACACAAAGGAUCAAUCCACUACCUCAGCAGGGAUGCAGGAGAGCCUGUGGACUCCACAUGUUUAGCAGUAUUCUGGUACUCUUCCAAGAGGGGCCACGGAAGGCGCUGCUGUACUCUAAACAGUCUGCUCAAUAAAUAUAGGUGUUGUCCAGCCUCUAGCUUGAGUCUGAUGUUGCCUGCUACCCUGCUGAGGAGGGAAGUGGUUCACCCUCUGCCCCAGGCCUGGUGAGCAGGACGGAUAGAUGACAGGUAUGAUGAGAGUAAUACUGGCCUACGAGUGAGGAGACAGGUUCAAGUUCACACUCUGUCUCUGAAUGGUCACAUGACUGUGGGCAACUUACUUCCUCUCUCCACACUUCACCUGCGACACAAAGGUGUUCCAGAAGCUCAAAAUGUUAGAAACAGUUUGUAUUUAACUUGAGUAACCUUUAAAACUCUUUUAUGAGUUAAUUGUACUUCACAUUGGGAACUCUCCAAUAAAAAAUCCAGACUCUGGCUUCUCCCGAGUGUUAGUCCAACCUUCCCACUCAAAAGUCAUCUUUGACUUUUGGGGCUGUGUGGCAGUACCUUAGAUGGGGUGCACACCCCUCAGGCUGCUGCAGCCCCACUUCUCCCCUUUGACUUAAUACCUGCCACCUGCUCCCACCUUUUGCAGCCUGCAGACUCCUGGCCUGAGGGGUUGGCACAGGUGUAUGGAUCAUUAAGAUCACGGUUUGAAGUUUGGUGACAGCAGGGGAUGUGACUACCUGCCUCAGAAGAAGGAACUGUUUCUGUGCAUGGGUCAGUAGCGCACGUGUACACACACACGGAGGACUUUGGGUGAGAUCAGGGAAACAAGGUGUGCCAAGGUCCUGGUAAAAAGAAGUCAGCUCUGGAUACAUCCUAAUUCCCUUCCCUUCUGAGGGGUGAUAUCAUAUGGCAUGGAGAGAUGUGCCAAAUGAGAGGAAAACUGUCGCCUCCCUGUGGGGCGAACAAGAGCAGAGCUCAGGGGAGUUUCCCACCCCAUUCUUAAAAGUUAGGCCAGUGGAAUGCAGUUAUGACUGAGCACCACUGGAGGGCAGCCUGAGCCACUGGCAAUUCCAGAGAGAACUUCCUUCACCGUUGGAGCCAGGAAGUUGAGCUGUUCCCACCUGGCUAGGAAUUUGGAAUGUCCCCAUCUGCUAAGGGGUUCACCAGGAUGAAGUGGCCCUGACCUUUGCCUUUCUCUAUGUUAUCUCCAGCCUUCAGCUAAACAUGGAGAAAAAGCCCUCCAGCCAAGAGGCGAGCACCCUUGUGAUGCAGAGGCACGCCCAUAUUACUGGGCCAGGGUCUGGGAACACCUGGUCGGAAACAGGGUUACCCAUCAGCCUGGUCAUAAGGAAGUAUAGUUAACUGCUGCAUCACCCAGUCGAUUGGAUUAGCAGUUUUGGAUGUAGCUGAAUGGAUUUACUGAAAACAAGAUCCACCCUGGGUGCCAACAGUGAGAGCCAAUAGGCUUCUUGUCGGUCAGACUCUUCAGCAUUCUUGUGUAGAGCCUUCAGCUGCCAACAGGGCUCUGCAGUGAGCUCCAGGUUCCCACCUUUGACUGGAUUGUUAGGCUCUCUAGCACUCAGACAGCACUUUUGCAUUCUUCCACUCAUGAUCCUGCAGGCAGCCAUAUAUACAUAUUUUUUUCAUAUAAAUCUGUUAUGUUAUUGAGCCCUGAUGGGGAAUCGGGAAGAAAGUAGGUAGGUAUAGGAUUCAAGAAAGUUACCUGGAAAACCUGGGUCUGAUAGUCUGGGGAGAUGAUGCCAAGAUGCCCUUGGGCCUUCAGGUUGCAUCAUCUAGCGGGGAGGAAUACUGCCUCCUCUCCUUGUCCAAAACUGGAUUAUACAUCCCUCAAAGGCUUGAGAUGUCUUGA